AUGCUCCGGAGCACAACGUUGAAUGGAAAUUUAUUCCAGCAAGAACAUCAACCCCGGACCACUUGGGCUCUUGGAAGAAUUAUCCAGCUACUACCCAGCUCAGACGGAACCAUCCGUUCGGCAACAGUACAACUUGCAAAUUCCCGCAAAGUCACCCGUCCUAUCAGUCUCCUCUAUCUGCUUGAGAUACAAGCAAAAUCGGAUACACUAACGUCGCAGCAUCAACAAAAUAAACAAGACAAGCACAGCGAGCCUGAACAAUCGGUCCAAUGCGACAAUUCACCUCUUGUACUACGUUCACGAACAAUACCGCGAUUAGCAUCGUUCUUCGUACUACUACUCACCAUCUCGUUUACGACCGCAUAUCAGAUUUGUCCAUCGAACUCGCAUGGUAUAUUUGUAGCACUCCCUCCACGUUUGAAUUGUAGCAUUAGCGAUCGACUUCAACCAAAACGCCGAUUUCUCGAUGUAUACACUCGAUCGUUUGCAGAAUUUAACGGACCAUACUGCACAAAAAUCGUACGAGAAGUAUGCACAAAUUCAUUUUUGCGAUGGAAACAUAGUGUCAACAACGAUCGACUUUCGUAUAGAAGUAUCAACGUCAGUGAUUGCCGCUUGCUAACCAUGCAAAAGAAACUCAACGACGUAUCGUUGAUAAAGGUCGACAAGUACACGUGGAGAUCGAACAAUUCUACAACGUACAGCUUUGGAUUCUUUGGUACACGUUGGACACCUACAAUUAAUUAUCGCCUUGAAAUCGGUCAGCUUAAAUUAUUCGACGCCUUCAGCAGAACGGCUGGAUGCAACAUCGCAAAAGGAGAAUGCAUUACAUCACAAGAAACUAUUAAAUGGACACCUUCAUCCAAUCGCAGUCUUUGCUAUUACAAGUUUCAUGGUCGUUACGACGCAAUAAUCGAUCAACAUAUCACGAUUCCCGCCAUCCAAGCAGUGCUGGUUCCCUCCGAAAAUUCCACUGCAAAUUUUGAAGCCUGCAACAUCAUUUGCCCGAAACUAAUGGAAAACGGCACAGUCGUUGAUUUUUUGCCCAGUCGAGAGGACCAUCAUGAAAAGAAAGUGAGCCACGACAGAUCGGAAAAAAUACUUUUCAUGCAAAAUGUCCCUGAAAACGAGAAAUUCGACCCUAUCAAUACGAAAAAUCAGUAUUUGUAUGAUAACUUGGGGACUAUGGAAACUCAAGACAUGGUGGAAACGAGGAAAGCCAUCUGUAAAACUCGAAAUUACAUACAUGAUAUCAUCGAAUGGAUUUUGCAAAGCGACCCUACCACUGCAGCACGAAUUCUGCUCACAAGAACGGAUAUAAGUGCGAAAAAUGAGGGGGGUACCAUGAAGAUAUUUCCACGCCGAAACAUUGACGUAGACCAAAUCUUCAGUACCUACGAAGUCAAUGGAACGUGCUACUCAGAACUUCCAGUGAGAAUCAAAAAUCGAAUCGCAUUUGUGAAAGCACGAUCAACCGACUUGAAAUUCAACUCAACCAUAGUAAAAUGUGAUACAAUAGAACAACAUCGCAAUGUUCAAAAUAUGCAGGAAGAAGAAAGACUCAAAUUGGAACACGAUGAUAUCAUCUUCAAUGCAAGACAUUUACCGAUGGUCACUGAAAAGCAAAUCUCUGCAGCCAUUGAAAUGGUAACCCACCAAAACGAUUUCGUGAAAGAACCAUUACAGAGAGCAGAGAAACACUCCGGGACGAUUGAACCGAUCUGUGACGAGACGGAAUUGUUUUUUCUCGAAAUAGAACAGUCGGUCGAUAAGACAGUGCAGAUUAUCGAAAAUGAACUGGAAGAAAUCGGAAAUCACUGGAAAUUUAUUACGGGAGUCGCAGAAACAAUCACGCCGAAAUCCCCAUCGUCAUUCCGAACCGAAUCAAUCAAUAUCACUAAGCCAGUUUCAGCGUCUUCAGCAUUUCCAGCGGUGCCAGAACUCGAGCGGUCAAACUUGGAGAGUGAGAUACUGUCCAUCAGUGGUACCCACGACACUGACGAACUGAUAGCGGAAGUAGCCCAUUAUCGAAUAGCGAUAGCGCUGUUACCGCUAUCGCUAUUCCGCUAUCCACUCGAACUUCCGAUAUCGCUAUUCUGCUAUUCCGCUAUUCGCUAUUAG